CACACACUUAAUUAUAAACCUGGGCAGGAGGGGCAGAGGGAAAGAAGGAGUGAUGGGGAGGAAAUCCCACAACCUUUGGCUUCUUGCCUAAUUUAAACGUCCUGACAGCCCUGCCUUGGGAGAGAAACAUCCCCAUCUUGCAGGUGAGGAAACUGAGACCCAGUGAGGUGAAGCAGGGGCUCAGGGCCCAUGGGGAGUUGGUGUCAGGGGGGCGGGGCCCCAGGCUGGGAGCCUUUGGGGAGGCAUGGCCUCUAAGCUAACUUCCUUCUCUGCCCCUGGGGCCCUGAGGGGUGGUUCUCUGCCAGGAGCACUGGGGCAGGAGAGGAGGCUCCUGGCUGUGGGCUGAGGGCGCCGCCUUUUUCCGGGCCUUGGUCUGCCCAUCUUUGACAGCCCUCUCCAGGAAGCCCUCGGGAGGUGCCAGGCUUUGAAAGGUCACUGACUGCCUGGCCUUCAGGACAAGGCAGAGGGGUGGGGAUGGGGCCUCCACAGAUCCCCACCCAGCCAAGGGGCUUCUAUCUGAACUUGCUUUUCAGUCAAGGUUCUGGGGCUCACGGCUUAGAUGCUGGAGGCCUGGUGGGGAAGGGGGUGCGGAGGGGAAUGUCACAGCAGCAGGCGUGUCCACGGGGUUCUGGGCGGCUGGCCAUCAGCUGCCUGACUGGGCAGGUCCGUCGGGGGCUCAGUCUGGCUGAGUGUGGGGCUGGGGGAGCAGUUAUAAGCAGACUCGGGCAGCUAGACCGGAGUAAGUGCCGGUUUGGGGUAAUUAGAAGGCACAUAAUUAGAAGGCAUCAGGGCGCUCGGCGGCGAGUGUCUGUGAAUGGGCCUGAGUGGGCCCUCGCUGGCUUUGAGUCGGGCCUUUGGACCCCCAUUUUCCUCCUGGAAGUCUCAAGAUCACAGCUCCCGUCUGUCUGGAGGCUGGGGACCACUGGGGCCUGAGGAUGAAGCUGAGCCCGGUGCGCUGGCCACUGUCCUGCCUCCUGGUGCUGCUGCCCUGGCCUCUGGCCACUCCAACAUCAGUGACCCCUUGGCAGUGCCCGCCCGGGGAGGAGCCCAACCUGGACCUGGAGCAGGGCACACUAUGCAGGUCCUGCCCCCCGGGCACCUUCUCAGCCUUGUGGGGCUCUAGCCCAUGCCAGCCCCACUCCCACUGCAGCCCUCGAGGGAGGCUGGAGGCCCAGGCAGGCACGGCGACUCAAGACACACUAUGUGGAGACUGCCAGCCUGGGUGGUUUACCCCCUCAGAGGCACCCCACGGUCCCUGUCAGCCGUGCUCCUGGACACCCCUAGAUACUCGUGGCUGUUAUGAGCGGAGACGACGGGCCCGACGUGGCGUGGAGGUGGCAGCAGGGGCCAGCGGUGCUGGGGAGACACGGCAGCCUGGCAACGGCACGCGGGCGGGCGGCCCCGAGGAGACGGCUGCCCAGUAUGCGGUUAUUGCCAUCGUGCCUGUCUUCUGCCUCAUGGGGCUGCUGGGCAUCCUGGUGUGUAACCUGCUCAAGCGGAAGGGAUACCACUGCACAGCCCACAAGGAGGUCGGGCCUGGCCCUGGAGGUGGAGGCAGCGGGAUCAACCCCGCCUACCGGGCUGAGGACGCCAACGAGGACACCAUUGGGGUCCUGGUGCGCCUGAUCACAGAAAAGAAAGAGAAUGCAGCGGCCCUGGAGGAACUACUGAAGGAGUACCACAGCAAACAGCUGGUGCAGACCAGCCACAGGCCUGUGCCCAGGCUGCCGCCGGGCCGGCCCAACAUGCCGCACAUCUGCCCGCAUCGCCACCAUCUCCACACCGUGCAGGGCCUGGCCUCACUCUCCGGCCCCUGCUGCUCCCGUUGUAGCCAGAAGAAGUGGCCUGAGGUGCUGCUGUCCCCUGAGGCCGCAGCAGCCACCACUCCCACUCCCAGACUCCUCCCCAACCCGGCCAGGACUCCCAAGGCCGGGGCCAAGGCAGGACGCCAGGGCGAGAUCACCAUCUUGUCUGUGGGCAGGUUCCGCGUGGCCCGAAUUCCUGAGCAGCGGACAAGUGCAGAAGCCUCUGAGGUGAAGACCAUCACGGAGGCCGGGCCCUCUGGGGGUGAUCUCCCCGACUCCCCACAACCUGGCCUCCCCACUGAGCAGCGAGCACUGCUGGGAAGUGGUGGAAGCCAUACAAAGUGGCUGAAGCCCCCAGCAGAGAACAAGGCCGAGGUGAGGGCCAGAGAGGGAAAGUGUCUGUUGGUACUUGGGCCAACCCUGACUACAUGGGGUAGGGGUGGAUGUUCAGGGGACCCUGGGCCACUUUCCUGGAGGCCAGAAGCCGCCUAACUCAGCUCCGACCACUCACUCCUGUCCCCCAGGAGAGCCGCUAUGUGGUCCGGCUAAAUGAGAGCAACCUGGUCAUCUGAGGGGCUGUCUCAUCUGAGGACACUGCAGCCCUGCCCUGGGAGGUUCCGAAGGCUUCCUGGAGGUGGUAGAGCUGCAGCUGGGCCUGUUAGGAUCGAGACGCUAUGGCCCAGCAGACAAAACAGCAAAGGCCAAGGCCUGGAGGUGGGAGUGUCCGCCCCAGUGAGAAGGCAGGCCGGCCGGCGGGUGCUGUGUGCAGGAGCAGGUUGAGAGCCCCUCCCCUUUCCCUGCCACCCAGUUCCUUCCCUGCAGAACGUCCCUGCCCCUGUGCCCUGCCCGGUCAGAUCCUGCAAGCCCAUGGGAUUCUCUGUACCACCAGAAGGCUAACCUUGGCGGCAGGGAGGGGCCCUCUUCCUGGCCCCCCUGGCCCCUUGCCUUGGUAUUUAGCCCCUGCCUCUGUACAGGGCCCUAGAGCAGAUGUACCUCCCCCUCCUCUUCCGGCAGGUCCUGUACAGGGAAGGGGCAACAAAAAGCCCUGAGCUGGAAGGCUGAGUUCCUGGGUUCUAAUCCUGGGCAAGUACCUGGUCAUCACUGGGUCCCAAUUUUUCUGACUGUGAGGUGGGGAGAGAACAACAUCUCGGUGCCAGGGCUUCUCGAGCCCCUUGCAGCCUCUGGGCUGGGUCGUGUGCAGGCAGAGCUUGACUCCUUGCCACCACUCCCAUUAGUAGCUUUAUCUGGCCCAUUUUUGCUGUUUCCAGGGCCUCCACCUUCAAGGCCCCAAGAGGGCUGCCCAUCCAUGGCUGUCUACAGAGGGGGCUUAAUGCAUGUGCCUGCCCCCCACCCUGCUGUUUCUAUUAAAAUUGAAAAAACAGACUUGACGUGGGCAGGGCUGUGGCACAGAGCCCCAGCCUGCCUAGCCAUCCCCAAGAUCUCAGGCACUUUGGGGGAGAGGGGUGUGUGAUGGGGCUGGAGAGGCACCUCUGGCCUCGGUAGUUUUCAUGUCCCUGUGGUGUUGGUGCGUCUGUCUCUCAGUCUGGGCAGUGCAGGCGACUGCCCAGCCCAGCCCAGCCCAUCUCCAUUCACUCAGCAACCUGGUUAUUUAUGUGGGGCCGUGCAGGCACGGGCCCCACUCCUGUCCCCAUUUCUCUUAUUUAUUGAAACUUUGCUGUUGUCCUAUUCUUGUGUCUCCAUCCCCAUCCAUUGGUUGAAUAAUAAAAUGUGGGAAAGUGGUGUCA